AUGGAGAGUUUCAAGAAAGAACGAGAAAUAAUAAGAAAACACUUCAAGAAAAUAUGUGCAGAAAUAGACCUGAAAAUAAGCGACAAAGAACGAAGCAAAGACGACAUGUUAUCCCUUUUAAGGCAAUUAGAAGACAAGGAAUUCGUAAGACAAAGAACUAAAAGUGAAGCUGAGUUGAAGAAGUCAUUGGAUCAAACAACAUCGCAAGAAUGCAGCGGCGAAAAGAACAAGAGAAAAUUCCGGCUUCCACAAACUGAAAUGAAAAAAUUCGACGGAAAUGUCAAAAAUUGGAUAGGAUUUUGGGGACAGUUCCGAAAAAUACAUGAAGACAUGGAAAUCGAUUUCGAAGACAAAUUUCAGUACCCACUUCAGGCAACAGAAGUUGACUCAGCAGCAAGGAAGCUAGUGGAGAGUUUUCCUCCAUCAGGAGCGAAUUACACGAUAGCUGUCGAUCAGAUGAAGGCAAGGUUUGCAAAAGAUGAAUUCCUUAUCGAGGUGUAUGUGAGAGAAUUGCUGAGUUUAGGUCUCAAACAAGCAAUGGACAAUACAAAUUUUUUACGAAGCGAAGUUGAAUCAGAAAAAAGAAUAAAUCUAGCACAGUCAAGUUUCUACAAUAAACCAGUCGAUAAAACAGGUGGCGGUGGAUUAUACACAGCUGCAGCAUUGUAUUCAGCAAGUUCGAAAGACGCAGGAAAAGUUGGUAAGAAAGUUCCAUAUUGUCUCUUCUGUACAAAAUCUCACUGGAGUCAAUAUUGUCUCAAAGCUCAGAAAUUAUCUUUGAAUGAGAGAAAAAAUAUUGUCAAAGAAAAGAAAGGUUGUUUCGUUUGCCUAAAACAAUAUCAUACUUGUAAACAAUGCAGAGCAUUUGUGAGAUGUAUAGUUUGUUCGAGGAAACAUUAUCCAAUAAUGUGUCCGGAUUUAGAUGUGAAAAGGGGAAAGAAGGAUAAUGAGAAGAAAGAAAUAGAAAGUAUUUUGACUAGCAACUUAUCUAAUACAGUAUUAUUGCAAACAGUUCUUGUGCGGAUUCAUUUUGAAGCGAGCGAAAAAAUAGUUGGAGCAUUAUUAGAUUCUGGUUCACAAAGAUCUUAUAUUUUAUCUAGAAGUGCAGAAGAACUAAAGUUGAGGAAAAUUGACAAUGAAACUAAAAUACAGGGAGUUUUUGGAGGGAAGUAAUCCCAACCAGAAACUCAUAAGUUAUUCGAAGUAACAAUAAGAAGUAUUGAUAACACACAUGAAUUCAAAAUCAACAUGUUGAAUCAAGAUAAAAUCUGCAAUCAUAUUCCUCGUAUUAAUGAUACAUCUUGUAUAAAUUAUUUGAAACAAAGUAAUAUUGUGAUUCACGAUAGUAAUUGGUCAAAUGCUCCAAAGGAAAUUGAACUAUUAUAGGAGCAGAUAUAUUUGGUCAUUUAUUAACUGGUAGAAAACAUCACCUUGAUGGUGGUCUUGUAGCGCUCGAAACAUAUUUGGGGUGGACACUCAUCGGACAGUACG